CACGAAAAGAAGGAAGAAGGAUGCCCUCCAAAAUGAGCACAAAAAUGCAGUAGUGAGAGGGCCUCUAACAUUAGAGCCAAAACAGCAGCCAAGUGACAAGUUGCUUGAACUUGUAAUUGAUUUCAUGUAUCAGGGGCUACUAAAGAAUCAUGAAAAAUGUACUGGGAAGAAGUAUAAUGCCAAACAUGAAACGCUGAAAUUGAGAAACAUGACACCGUUAUGGAAUGAUGGAAGGCUGACAAGCAAGUCAUGGUACUAUGCCAUAUGGUUUCAGGGAAAUUGGAUAAAAGACACACACAUUGAUGUCAUACUAUACUACUUGCGGGUCAAAGCACAAGAGUACUCCCUGAAGCAGAAGUUCACAACAACAGAUUGCUAUUUUACGGCACUGCUGAAACAACACCAUGAUCUCAUUGUGAGGAAAGAAAGCACACUUGAAGAGUCUGUACACAACAAAAGUGUCGUGGGAGCAAUACUUGGGACAAAUGUGCCUUACGGGCUACCAUGGGCAGAGUGUGAGCAUGUGUACAUGCCGAUGAAUAUUGGGAAUCACUGGGUUCUACUUGUGCUUGAUGUGGUCGAGAAGCGUAUUAGGAUUUAUGACUCCAAUAACCGGCUUAAAACCCCAAGCAGGCAAUUGAUUCAGUUCUUACCAUGUUUGGAAAAUCAUUUAGGACAUCUAAUGGAUUGGUGCAGGGUGUACGAAGAGCGUGGUGAACAGCCAAUUGGAGAAGGAAAAGUGGGAUGGGUUAUGGAAUCUAGUCCACAACAAAAUGACGGGGAUAGUUGUGGGCUAUUUGUUCUCAAAAUGGCAGAGUACCUAAUGAUGGGGAAAGAUGCUAAAGAAGUGGAAUCUAGGGACAUGUGGACUUAUAGGAAGAAGCUGGUGGCCGAGAUACUGCAUUACAAUGGGCUGGUUAAUCUGGACAAUGUUGAAUGAAUGUUUAAAACAAAUGUGUAAUGCCGUGAAUGAAACUUAUUGGGUGUGGAUUUUGGUUUUUGUGAGGAUGGUUUAUUUUGAUUAAACUUCAGUAUGGAUUUACUUUAGCACUUUUGGGUGGAUUGGACAUAAUAUUGAUGUUUUGAAGUACUGAGUAUUUUGCAUUGAAAAGUAUGGUUUAUAUUAAUUGAUGCACAAGUACAG